CAACUCCUUACCCGAAGAAACGUUCCAUCAUCAUAACACGCUUCCCCGCGCCAUCACUUGAUGAUCGCUCGCACGUCUUUGCUCGCGACGGGAAUUGGCUUGAAAGCGCUCGCACGACCGACCCGUCGCUUUUCUUUGGCAACGCGUCCGCCUUUUUGCCCUAUGCCACGCGACUUCUGAUGCCUCUUACAACCACGCCCUCUGCCUCCCCUCGCCCAUCCACAGUCUCAAAGAUGGAGGAUAGGAAACGGCCUGCCAUCAGCAGUGCCGAUGAUAUAGCCCCUCCGAGCAAGCGAGUUGCCGUCAAUGGCUCCAAGGCUAAAGAUGACUCUUCCGACAUGAAGGAGGAGAGUUGGAUCGAGGUAAGUCACACGACGACAUCUCCUAUUGCCAACGCUUGAGUAUCCAACCCAUAUGUUUCCCCCCGCACUCUGCCUAUCACGUAGGCUUCUAUUCCCGGCUUCGUGCCAUUCUGUUGGGAUGGUCCUGGACGGCAUUGCUCACCAAGCCAGUGAUGAUGCUCGCCUGCUUCUUGCGACACCGCAAUAGUCGGCUCGGAAGUGCAUUCGUCAUGCACCCAAAUGAGAAGCGCCUCCGCACAACCCAAGAAAACAUCACGCAACUUGCUCGACGUAUGGAGGUGGAAAUGUCGCUGACCCAAUCUUCAGGCCUACACAAAGGGCGCCAUCUACCGGCAGAUGCAAGAAUAUAGUCGAAAGGCUUCUACGUACGAGUCACGCCUCGAGGAACUUCACAAAAGAUCUGUCCAUCAUGACGACCACUUGAGACUUAUCGAUGCUUGGUGGCGACAGGUGCUUGAGGAAAUGGAGCUUCUUUCAGACUCGGAGAUCACCUCUACAACACCAUCCGAUCCUCCGUAUCUGAGUGGCGUGACUUUCAAGGAUCUUCAUGAAUUCCAGAAACAUCUAUCCGACAAAGGCAAGACGAUCAAAUCCAGAGCUGAAGCACUCCUCGGACGAUUGGCCUCUUCGCGAGGCAAGAUUGACCCCGACGCUGCUGCGCUGGAGAAUAAGGUUGCAAGUCUGCUGGCAACACAAAAGGAAUACUUGUUCAAACUGGACCGUUUGAAGAGUGAAAAGGACCAGCUGUCUGAACAACUGAAUGCUGCGACUUUGCGAUAUUUCAAAGCGGAGAAGAAACUAGACCGUGCCAAAAGCUUUCAGGUGCAGAAGCUAGAACAACAAGCAUUUGCUAAUGCCACUCGCCCUUCUGCAUCUGGCGAUGGGGGUGCUGAGGCCGGCGAAACAAAUGGCAAUGCGGGUGAACUGUUGCUCAAGUAUGAAGAGGCAACUGCAGCUGCUACCAAGCAAAAGGAACAACUCGACGUCAUCCUGGCUGAAAUCAAGACCCUUCAGGACGAGAACUCGACUCUUAAAGCGAAGAGGGAGACCUUAACCGAUGAAGACUUCAUUCGGACCGACGUUUUCAAACAAUUCAAAAACCAGAACGAGGAUCUCAUCAAACGUAUUAACACCCUUGAAGCUACAAACAAACAGCUGCGAGAAGAAGCCGAAAAACUACAAGCAGAGCGGUCGAUGUUCAGAACUCAGCUUGAAGCAGACGCAAAUCAGGUGACACAGGAACUUGAAGCUGAGAUCAUUUCCAGAGAUCAAGAUCUUGCCCGAGUGCGAUCGGCGCGCGAUGAAUUGCUGGCCGAAACUACGCAACACAAGGCAAGAUUAGAACAAGACCGGGCAUCAAUCGAUCAAGUCAAGGCUCUGGCAUCUGCCAAAGAGGAUAGAAUUACGGCUUUGGAAGCAAAACUUUCACGCCUUCAACCGAACGAGGACCAGCAAGCUAUUCGCCCGGAUAUCGAGGCAUUGACAAUUGAUGAGCUUCGUCUGCACUACACAAAAUUGGAACGGGAUUUCAACUCUAUCAACACUGAAUUCCCGGCUAUGGAAAAGGCAUACAAGAAAAUAAUUCAAAUUGCUCAAAAGAAAGCGAUGGAUACCAGUGCUGCAGAGGAACGCAUGGCAAUACUAAUUGCAGAGAAGAGUAAAGCUGACCAGAAAUACUUUGCCGCGCGAAAGGACGCAGAUACACGCAACAACGAGAUUCGAUCAUUGCGGCACCAGAACAGCAAGAGUUCGGAAAUCAUCGCCCAGCUAAAGGACCUCGAAUCGCAGAACCGUACCCUACUGGGUAAUUUGGAUAAACAGUUAACCGAUUUGAAACAAGCAAAUGCCGCCCUGAUGACGGAGAACAAGAAGAUGGAAACAGCAAGCCUCGAUGCUCUCCGCCGUACUGAAUCUCUGAACAAGCAAGUUGCUGACCUGACAAACCUGGUCAAAUCUAAAGAUGCGGCUUCUGCUGUGGUUCGUGAGCGCAACACGAUGCAAGAGACUGAGGUGGAGAAGAUGAAGGUACGCCUCGAGCAUACACAGAAAGAUCGCGACAAUUGGAAGAAUAAGGCAUUGAGCAAUGCGUCUGAAGAAGAAGAAAUGCUACGGACGUUCGCUCUAUGCACUAUUUGUCGUAUCAAUUUCAAGAAUACGGCGUUGAAGACAUGUGGCCAUUUAUUCUGCAACCAAUGUGUGGAUGAUCGCAUCAGCAAUCGCAUGCGGAAAUGUCCUACAUGUUCCCGAGCAUUUGACAAGAUGGACGUUAUGCCCGUUCAUCAUUGAACGAACGCACCGAGAGCGCAAUGGAAACAAGCUAUCUUGCACCUUACUUCUGUUCCUUAUAUAUGCGAUACCUCUUUUUCUACUUCAUUAAUUGCUUGCGUCAAGCAUUGAGCAUCCAUCCUAUACCUUUCAGGCAUUUGGAGGUGGCUGUAUGUCCACCUUCACCGGACUAUGUUGGGCCACUAUGAUCUGGACAGCGCAUCUUGACGGUUUCCUUCUCUGGGCUAGAUGGCUACUCUUGGAAAGUCAUCCGUGUAUUUCUAAACCACUCAGCGGAACACUUCACGAGCCGCUGCAUGCAUGUAUAUACUCUUUGUAAAGAAAGGAGGGGGUUGGGGGUUGGGGGUUGGGGUACUUCAGAGUCAGUGUAUGAAAUAGCAGGAUAAAUGGAAAGCGUCGAUUAUGCUACCAAAAAGAAAUUCGGAACUCUGGUACAUGUGUCUAACGGGGUGAUUAGCUAUCUACGGCUGGUUGAACCAAAACCAGUGCUCUCAUGACGAUUUGAAUUGUUGGAUCCAGAUGACGAUCCAGAACGACCACCCCAUCCAGAACCUCCACGUCCGAUGCUGCCAUACCCAUCGUUGUGGUGAUUAUGAUGGUUUUGCUGAUUACGGCUACCAGCCCAGUAUCCUGCUGCGGCUCCUCCUGCGGCACCACUCCAGAACCCGGGUCUCCAAGUGUCAGAUUGCGAAGAAGGCUUAGAACCGGGAUAUGGAGGUGGAGGGUCAUCACCGUCAGGACCCCAUCCGGGACCCCAUCCUCCGGAGGACCAUCCGUCGCGACGGCGUCGUGGUCGGUUAGAGUUGCCACCAGCCUCUUGUGCUCUGUAACACGCUGAGUAAAUGAUCCAGCCGAGAAUAGCAACGAAAAUAAUCGUGAAGAGUAGAGCCCCCCAGUCAGUACCACCUCUGCCGUCACUAAACCAUCCUCCGUUGGCGAUAUUUGGAUAACGGCGUUCGCCCUUCCUUGUCAAGGCAACUCUGUAUUCAACACCGCAACUACCCUUCAGAACAUAGGGGUCGUCGGGAGAGUUAUAACCCUCACAGAUCACAUCCGUCGUGACAAGCUUGAGCUCCUCUGGAAGCGAGGCAGUACAGCUCCAUUGAAUAUCCUCAUCACCCCAGCCGGAGCCUUCAUUGGUGCAGCGCAUCACAUCGAUGUCGUAAAGUUCACAGAGCGCCUUCUUGGAGACACAGCGCAGUUGGGGGAUAGCGCCAACACGGCGAUGAUUCGUCAUGGCUCCAUUACCGCGGAGGGUGAGAGAUCGCACAUCGGAAAGCUUGAUGGCAUCCUUGGGGCGGGCGGCCAGCGCAAAAGCCGGCAGUGCAAGUAGCCAGGCGAGAGAGCCAGGUAUCAUGAUGUUUUGGGGGCUAUGACGCUAUAGGGUCGACUAUACGAACUCUGUGUGCGAGCCUGUGCCCGUAUGCUUAUCGCGAGAUUCUGGUAUGGCGAGUAUGGUGAGGUUUUGGAAGUGAUGGGAGUUUAGUUUUAUCUUGGACAGAAGGAGACGUGUUAAGUUGGACACGUGCCGUGGCGAUAAGAAGUCUAAAGAUGGGCUUGAAUGAGAUGAUGUGGCGAUCUGUUGUAGUAAGCUC